GGAAGUUAACGCGGGUAGUAGAAAUUACGCAUUGUUUCAGACGUAAAACCCCAAAUCUCAAUGAGAGACCUUUGCAGAAACUUCCAGCGUGGCAGCUGUCAAUACGGAGAUAGGUGUAAAUUUAUACAUGCUGUGGCACAACAAGGGAAGCCUAAUAAUAGUUUUCAUGGUUUUGGGGGACAGAAUAGUUUUUACCAACAGCAACAGCAACAGCAAAAUGUUAACCCUUUUGGAUUUGGGUCUAAAUCUGCUUCACAACCACACCAACAGCAGCAAAAGACCAAUCCUUUUGGCUUUGGGGUGCAGAACAACAUCAACAACUCACAAUUCAAAGGGACCCCUCAACCUUUUGAAAACAAAUGGACUCGGGGUGGCGCUUCGCGGCAAUCUGAUAACAACCCCCUACCGGCGAAUCAUGAAUGUACAGAUCCUGAGGUCUGCAAGCGCCAGAUUGCUGAAGAUUUCAAGCAAGAGAGGCCACUCUGGAUACUUACAUGCUAUGGUCAUUCUAAAGGUGCACCUUGUGACAUAGUUGGUGAUUUUAGCUAUGAAGAACUGAGGGCAGCAGCUUAUGAGGAUGUGAAGCGAGGGAUGAACUUGCAAUCAAUUGUUGAGAGAGAGAGAAAUACACUGAAUUCCAAGUUGGCUGAGUUCGAGAAACUACUUUCUGAACCCUACAGAAUGCCAUUUAAUCCUGCUGUUAACAGUCAAAAUCAUCAGAAUGCAAAUCCGUUUUCAAUGCCUAUGCAAAAUGAUGGCCAGCAUAAUGCAAAUCCAUUUUCAAUAACUACACAAAACAAUGGUCCUGUGUCAGUCUCAAGCUUUAGCCAACUGGGUGCUUCAUUGAACACGGGAUUUGAUAGGCCCUCUGCACAAGCACCGAACACUCCGCCACAGUCUAGUUUCUUCGGAAGUGGAGGAAACACUUUUACACCCAACACUGCAAACAUAAGUGGCAGAGGCUUCUCAGGUGCUCCAAGCAGCCCCUUCUCUACCCCAGCGGAGUCAACAAUGUUCCCGAGUUCAACUUCUCAGCAGUCAUCCUUUGGCUUCAAUGACUUGAGCUCCACUCCAAUGUUUCAGACUACACCAGAUGUUCAAUCUUCAAGCAUGUCCCAGGGAGAGAAUGUUUCAACAGAUCUCAGUAUUUGGUUAAAAGAGAAAUGGAAUCCUGGAGAGAUUCCCGAAGAAGCUCCUCCAGAUUCAGUUGUUCGGUAGAAAUUCACAAACACAGCACUCUGUACUAUGUUAACAAGAUUCAACAGUGAUGUUAGAUGUAUUUCAGAUCAAGAGCAUAUUAAAAAUUGCUCUGGCUUUAGGAUAGUUGAUUUAUAUCAAUUGAUUUUGCAAAGAGCAAAGGCCUUUAAUGUAAUUCAUAACUGUUAACAAAAUAUUCUCAUCUCAUUUUGAGCCAGAAUCAUAAAAUAUAUAGUUCUUACAUUGGAUGC